CAAAAGCUUCGCCCCCUUUCCCCAAUGGCGCAGUCGGCUCACUCUCACACGAGCACUCGCUUACCCUAGCUUCAACGCCAGCGCGCACCUCCGCUUCCCUUUGUUCAACGAUGGCGUCCACACCGCCGCCGGUAAUCGGCAAGGCGGGAAACCUCACUGUCUUCAUCACGCCCCCGGCCACGCCGCCGCCAGUGGAUACCCCGACCUCUCGUUCGGCCGAGUCGCCAGGAUCUGAGUUUUCCACCCCCAAUUCCACUCCCCGUUCGGUGGCGUCUCCUGCGUCCCCGCCGCCGGAGCAUAUAGCCACAUCGCCUCCGCCGGCCAAGAUGGUCUCGCCGCCUCCGCCGGUCAAGACGGUCUCCCCGCCACUGCCGCCAGCCAAACUGUUCCAGGCCUCGCCAGUGCAGGUACCUCCGCCGCAGUUCGAGAAGGCAGAGUCGAGGACGGAUGGAUCGGCGUUCGGGUUCUUCUGGGACGCGGUUUUGCGCGUGCAAGAAGCGCACGCAAGCUUGGAUGAGUACAUUUCGAAUUGGUUCGGGCUGGAUCAAUCCAAGUACCAGUGGGCGCUCAACGACUAUUACGAGAGCACCGGAAAGGAGAUGGAUUCGGGCAAGGCUGCGAAGACAACGGAGCUUAGUGGUAAGAUGCAGAAAGUGUAGUGAUAUAUAUUUACGCGCUUGUCGGUAGCCAAGCUGCUAUGUGUAAAGUUGGAUUUGGAAGUGCAUGGAAGCAUGAAGGUCGUUGCCUCUUUUGCUACAACUAGCAGGAUCAAUCUGCCCGUGUCAAGGUAUCAAGUCAGUCAAAUUAACGAGUGUAAGCAAUUUAUUUGCUUCCUAAAUUGUAGUCCUAUAAUCCUUUUCUGUUUGUAUCGUGGAACACAUUAUAUUUGCAAUGGCAAGCAUUGAUCUGUUAGAAUGUUUGCUUGUGCAGUUCAUAGGGUGACAAUUUUAAUCUGCAUUAUCCAUGUCACAUUUGACCGAAAUGAAGGUACAUUUGUGUUGUAUCCGUGCAAAAAGAAGGUUAUCUAUC